AGCGGAAGUGUUUUUGUUUUGUUGCCGCUGGGUACUGUGGGAAGGCCGGUGUCGUCGGCGCGCCAGCCCGCGGUGCGGAAGCCUCGAGGUGGAAGAGGCCUGAGGGGAAGCAGCGGCCGGUGCCUCCUUGUCUGGCAAGGACCGGAGAGCGGGGCCCGCGGGACGUGCGAUUUCAGUUCUUCUGAAAAGACUGGAACUCAUCUCUCUUAGUUGUGAUCCAUCCUAUAAUCUGCAACCAGUCUGAAGGCCAUAAGUCUUGGAAGAUUGUUGUUUCUGUUUCUCCUUAUAAAAACUAACUUAUCCCAUAGCUUUGCAAUUCAUCUGGAGACAUAUUUUAUGUUACUUGCGAUUGGAGCAUGCAACUACAUUUUUGUGGACUAGACAGAAAUAGAUUGUAACAGACAUUAAAACAAGGAAGAUCUGUUCUACAUCCAUCAAUGCAAUUUUUAGGAAACCAAUAAAAUGGUCAUUUAUAUUAAAGGGACUACUUUUUACCAAUGCCUGCAAUAUAGAUAAGCUGCACGUUUUUCUUGUAGGCUUUAUUAUUAUUAGUGUAAUUAUGGCAGCUGCAACAAUAGUUCAUGAUACUUCUGAAGCUGUAGAGCUUUGUGCUUCGUAUGGGUUAUACCUUAAGCCCAUUACAAAAAUGACUAUCAGUGUGGCACUUCCACAGUUAAAGCAGCCAGGGAAAUCCAUUUCCAAUUGGGAGGUAAUGGAAAGGCUAAAAGGAAUGGUGCAUACGCAUCAGUUCUCAACACUACGGAUUUCCAAAAGCACCAUGGAUUUCAUCCGAUUUGAAGGAGAAGUAGAAAAUAAGAGUCUAGUUAAAUCCUUCCUUGCAUGUCUAGAUGGCAAAACUAUCAAACUUAGUGGCUUUUCAGAUAUUUUAAAAGUUCGUGCUGCAGAGUAUAAAAUUGAUUUCCCUACACGACAUGACUGGGAUUCUUUUUUUCGUGAUGCAAAAGAUAUGAAUGAAACUUUGCCAGGGGAAAGGCCAGAUACGAUCCAUUUGGAGGGUUUACCUUGUAAAUGGUUUGCAUUGAAAGACUCUGGCUCAGAAAAACCAAGUGAAGAAGCUCUCAUUAAAGUAUUCAGCAAAUUUGGAGAAAUCCGUAAUGUGGAUAUCCCAAUGUUGGACCCAUAUAGGGAAGAAAUGACUGGCAGAAACUUUCAUACAUUCAGUUUUGGAGGUCAUUUGAAUUUUGAAGCAUACGUUCAGUAUGAGGAAUAUGCAGGUUUCAUCAAGGCUAUGAAUGCUUUACGAGGAAUGAAGUUGAUGUACAAAGGGGAAGAUGGCAAAGCAGUGGCUUGCAACAUAAAGGUUUCAUUUGAUUCAACAAAACAUCUGAGUGAUGCAUCAAUUAAGAAACGUCAGCUUGAAAGACAGAAGCUCCAAGAGCUUGAAAAACAGAGAGAAGAGCAAAAACGCAAAGAAAAAGAAGCAGAGGAAAGACAAAAAGAGGAGGAAAGGAAACAGAAAGAACUUGAAGAAUUAGAAAGAGAGAAAAAAAGAGAAGAAAAAUUGAGGAAGAGAGAACAGAAACAAAAAGAUCGCGAAAUACGUCGAAACAAGAAAAGGCUUGAAAAAAUUCAAGCUGAAGAACAAAAAAAAUUACAAGAAAAAAUAAAACUAGAAGAGAGGAAGCUUCUUUUAGCUCAGAGAAAUCUUCAGUCCAUUCGACUAAUUGCUGAACUACUGAGCAGAGCCAAGGCAGUAAAGCUUCUGGAACAGGAACAAAAUGAGGAAAAAAUCCGCCUUCAGCAGCUGGAAGAGAGGAGAAAAGUGCAAGAAGCUGAACUCCGACGAGUAGAGGAAGAAAAAGAAAGAGCUCUUGGACUGCAGAGAAAGGAAAGGGAAUUGCGAGAGAAAUUGCUCAACAACCUUAUGAGCAAGAAAAUGGAAAUGACCCAUGUGAAAAAGUACGACCCUAAUAUAGUGCAGUCUCCCUCUUGGAAAGGCCUUGUGAGUGCUCCCCACUGUAUCACAUCUACCUCAGUGCAGUCCAUCUUGGCCCGACCGCUCCAGGUUUGUCAAAGUAGCGUAGCAGCAAAUGAAAGUUUUCCUCAUCCAAAGUACUUAAAUGGGAGCCUCCAUGAGGAAGUUCUUCAAGACACUAUGGUCAAUAUCAGUAACAGGGAUAAGGUUUCUGAUGAAAGUAGUUCAGGUGUCCUUUCCAGUGUACCUGCAAAUCAGCAACACAAUGGCACACCGGACCGUGAGAAGAUCCCUUAUAAGAAGGACUCCGUAUCAGAACAAGGCAAAUGCAACAGAGAGCCAAGCAGGGGGAGAAGUCAUUCAUACAGAGAUGUUUGUAACCACCAGAGCAAAAAUAAAAUUGAAAAAAGCAGGCACAGGAGAGACUUAAGUAGUGAGGAUGAAAAAUGCAGAAAAGAAAGGCGCCCUUAUAAAAAACACUCAAGAAAAAGUAGCAGUCCUCACCAGAGGAGCCCAAAUCUGGAAUGUGCAGGACAGAGGCAGUCAUUUAGUAGUGACAGAGAACGGGAUAAAAGAGGCCGCAGCCACAGCUACAAGAACACCGGGAAGAAGCAAAAACAUCGGAAGAGAUCUUUGAGCAACCAAAGAAGCACUUGGAGUAGGUAAUAGAGGAUUUAUCCAUUUCUAAGGGCUAUUUUGGAAAAAGAACUGGAGUGGAUCUCUCUCUUGUCUGUCUCACGGAGAGAAAGGAAACUGAAUUUUUUACUUGAAUGGUUUGCAGAGUUGAAAGAUUCAUAACCAUCCUUUUCAAAACAUAUCUUUUGUGACUUAUUUGUCAAUGGUUUGUUGACUUAGUACUGUAAUGUCAAUUUUGAUCAUUCUUGCUCACAUUUACACUGUGAUAGCCAGCUUAGUUUCACUUAUUUCCAGUGUCCAAUUGGAUUCUUUUUUAGUUUGUAAUGACUGUAAUCACAGCAACUUUUGUUUGGAAAUCGGCAUGUAUAUGUUUCUAAUAAGAAAUGUAAACUUGAUAAGUCACUACCUACUUGAUUCAUUAGAACUCAGUAAUUCCAUGCAGGACUUUUUGCUAUCUAAAUUGGUGCUAGAUGCAACCAUAUUUUUAUAUAGUGCUGUGAUGCCUUCUUUGCUAUUUUUGCCAGCUGCAUACUUGAUAGAUUGUUUCCUUGACCUUGAAUGGUCAUGAUGUUUACUCUUUUAAAUGUUUUGAAGUUCUGUUCCAUUUCAAAGCAAAUAUCCAGGAUUUGGGUGGGAAGAGGGCAUUCAAGAAAGAAGAUUACAAGAUUUCUGAGGUAUCAAUAUUUGAUUUAAAAAAAAAAUCAAACUAUUGAUUUUUCCUUAAAUGCAGUUUUCAGGCAUCUAUAUUUGAAAAAAGGGCCUUUCAGCUAAGUAAUAUAUAUGUGUAAUGUUCAGGUUCAAAGUUGUAUUUUCUCCUUUUAUAACAUCUUUGCUUCAAGAAAUGAAGCUCAGGAAUUUCCCCAAAAUAUUUUCAUAGUGCAAAACCAGCUUUCUUACCAUUUAAUGGUAAAACUGCAAAAGCCAUGUCCAGUGAAUACAAACUGCUUUAUGUCUGAAAAUAUUAAAGAUCUAUACAUAUACUCCAUUAAAUCUGA